CACGCGGGCUUCCUGUAGUGUCUGGGCGCUGCUUGGUCUUACCGUACGGAGUACGUACCGUUUGAAACGCUGUAUUUUAAUAAAUUACGAGCAACAUGUGUGUUCGGGAGCGAACAACAGGAACCUAACUUCACUUUUCAGCGUGUUUGAACAAGUUUAAAAGACAAGGCUCGAGCUGGAGAGGAAUAUUCAAUCUCGGCCCGCUCCUGCUGAGUGAAUGAAAUAUGGCGGAGAGUUUUUACAAGCUGGAGGAUGAAGCCUUCCCCAGCUUCCUCGACAGGUCUCUGGACAGCGACCGCGCCACACUGGAGAAUGUCACUCUGGGUUCAGGUCCUGGGCUGCCUGUGGCUGCCUCCACGGUAGCUAAAAUUAGACCCAGCUCUGACAGCAGAGGAGAUCAUGAGGAAGCUUCAUAUCUGGAGGGCAGAGCGCAACUAGGCAAGUCACAGUCAUCUGUUGCAGGACAUCCCAAGUUUUCCCUUGGCUUCAAAGAUGAUUUGGAAAAUGCAGAUGACUUCAUUGCCACCCACCAGCUGACAGACAUGCUUUUAAAGAUCAGUCUGGAUGGGAGUGCAUCCAGAAACCAAGGCUCUGUGCUUGGCCUUCUUCCCACCCAAACAGGUUCAGUGUCUGGUCGGCCCACAGAGCUAGGGAGCGAUCUUUCAUCUGGUCCUUUGACAAUUGCCCACCUGGGCCAGAAGAACAACAAAAAGGCUGUAGCUGUUACAUCUGAGGCGGACGGCUUGCAGGCCGGUGCACUGGACAGUGACUCCUGCAGUGGCAGUAAUUCCAGCUUCCUGGCCCAUGAAAAGCUCAUGUCUAUGGACACCAUGAACAGUGAUGUGACGGAUGAUGACCUUGACCUGAACAACCUGCCUGAUGAUGAACUAGAGGCAUAUUUCAACAAACUGGUUCCUCCAGCAACACAGAGAGGCAGAGUGGAGGGGCAGGAGAUUCCUGUGACUGGAGUGGGGAUUGCUGCAGGUUACACGUCUGAUCCCAGUUCAGAAGAGGCACAUAAGCGAAGAUACCAGUUCCUCAAUCAGGAGGAUUUCCGGAUGCCUGACGUGCGACUCGCUGCUACCGGCAUGGACUCGUGUCCAGCCAGUGACGAGGACACCGAGGACGAGCUGGAGACGGCCAGAAGGAACAACGCCAAGACACGGCUGUUGCCCAGCACGUCCAGACAACUGGUUGGAGAAAGUAACCGUCCCAGUUUCAGGCCUGGUUUAGAAGGCGGCAGUUCGGGCGACGAGGCUUCCCCUGGUCGUGGCGGUCCAUCGCUGCUUCCUGGGAUCGGACACAGACGAUCAGCUGAAGGACAGGUCAUCAGCUCUCCUGUUGCAGGGGAUGGAGGCGGCGGCGACGGCAGCAGCGGCAGCGAGGAAAGCGGAAACGACGGCGGCGUUUCCACCAUCCCUGUUCCAGUCAAAGUCCUGACCACAUACGAAGCCCUGCGUGGCCUGGGGAUUGUUAGGAGCGGUCCUCUCACUGACGAGGACAAUAAGGACUUCGGCAGUCUCCCACAAAACAUGAGGAACAGUUUUCCCAGAUUUACACAGAUGGGCGACCGCGUCGGACCUGUAGGAACCGGUGAGGCCAGCUCGUCCUCCGCAGCGGCAUCCCACACUCACUGGAGCAGGAUGCUGGACAGACAAGAGGCCCUGGAUGCCAUGGAGAGCACGGAUUGUGGCCCCACAGCCGAGCGCGUCCUGGAUUCAGUCUACCUGAGGAGACCACAGGAUCCAACUAACGCCUCUCUUCUUCAAAGCACACACGGCAGUUUCCAUCUUUCCCAGGUGUUGGACACCAACCAGGAUGCCACUGAUGACGAGGCAGUGGAUGAGCCCGAUGGGGGCCGGCACUCAUUGGGCCCUAGAGGAGGCCCCUGUGGGGAUGUGGCAGCUUCUGAAGCUUCAGAUGGUGCCAGUGAAGAUGACAACCCUCUGUCCACGUCGCUGGAAGCAAAGUAUUUCUCCCAGAGCUUCCAGCAGGAUCCGGAGGAGUUGGAUGAAGGCUGGACCAACUGUCCAGACAGCAUGGAGCUGGAGUUUCAGCAAGGAGCCAGCGCUGGUCAGAGUGUCGUUUACCAGAAUGAAGAAGGGAAGUGGGUCACAGACCUGGCUUAUUACUCCAACUUUGAGAAAGAGGUUGAUGAGAAGAAAUUGGAUAAUAGCAGCCAGGUUCAAAAUGAGGAAUUUCUACCUGCUAGUGAUGCUAUGGAGAAGAUAGUGAAGGAUCAAGAGGAGUUUGAGAAAGAGCACCAGUUUAUGCAGGAGGAGCAGAUUGAGCCAGCAGCUGGAGGCAACAGCACCUUCCACAGUGACUCUUCCUGGAAGAUUCCGCCCAGCAGCCACAUCCUGAUGAGGGCUUCCCAGGUCUUGUCGGAGAUCAAGCAGGGAGAUGAAAGCUACCUGCGGCUGUCUUUAGGACAGUUCUUCAGCCAGCGCUCAGAAGCUCUGGGCUGUCUGGGCAGUGCUGAUGGAGAUGAUGUCAAACGGCCAUCUUUUGGUUACAUCAUCACCUCUCCAGAAAAGAGGGGACCUUUUCCACUCAUCCAACCAUCUGACUUCUCAUUUGAUGACAACUUGCAUCUCGGUGCCACUGUAGACUUUCGUGAAGUAGACAAAACUCUCAACACAGAAGAUUUGGACAAAACCCUGAAUGCUGCUGGUGAAAGGUUGCCACCAAAAGGGGAUCCUGACCCAGAACCUUGUAAAAUUGAGGACCAUAAAGGAGCUGCCAUGUCUGAAUACACUCCAGGCUCAGGAUCUGAGUCGACCAUGGCGAACCAAAGCGUUUUGUCUCCAGAUAACUACAACAGCUCGCUGAUGCUCAGCAUCAGCACAAUCGCUUCGGCUAUCGCCAACGCUUCCAUCAGCACUGACCCGUCCCAGCUGGCUGCUAUGAUCGUGGGUCUGUCCAAGAAAACCAGGGCCAGGAGUGGGCCGGUGUCCGGCGCUGCCCACAAACAGCCAUCCAACACGGAUCAUCAUACCCUCUCUCAGCCAGAUCAGAGCACAGUCACGGAUGUUCUGCAGAGGAGCAUCUGUGUCGGAGAGACGAGCGCCUUCGACAUGGAAAAAUACUUGAAGAAGACCAAUGUGUCUGGCGGCAGCGACUUAUCUGACGAUCACACGACCUUUAACCUGAGCAGCUGGGCCGAUGGCCACAGCAGCCGUCAGAAGAACCCCCUGUCAGGGUGUUCCGGUAAACAGGACGGCGCAACUCUGGAGUGUAACGCAGCAACAAACGGUGGCGGACCUGACAGGAGCUCCGGGCCUCAUUCCUUUCUCGGCUCUGCCGGACGGACAGUGGAGUCGGGACAGAAUUCAGAACCGUUGUGUAAGAAUGACAAAAGCUUACCCAGAGCCUCCCAAAGCUGGAGGAAGUCCCAGUCAGGCUUGCCUCUCAAAGUUUCGUCCCCCCCGACCCAGAGCUUGAGAAGUGUAGGUCAGGACACGCAGGACGGGCCCAGAGGUUCUGCAGAGAUCACACCAAGAAAUUUAACCAGAACUCUACCUCAAAGCUCAGAGAAGCAGGCAGAGGUCCCAGGAGAGAGAGCUCAGCCUUCACAAGGUCCUCUACCUGGCAUGCAGGGACAUUUCCCUGAGCCAAGUGUGGAGGAGACUCAGAGCAACUUCAGGCCUUCCACUUCCCCUCUGACCCACUCUUCUCCCAGUCAGACCUCCAUUCCCACUGCUGAUCCCUGUGGCAGGCUGGCAGACAGAUGUCCAGGUCCUGACCUCUCACCUGAGUCGGUCUGUUCCAGCCCCAGUCUCAGCAGGCUCACGUACAUCUCGGUAAACGACAGAACUGCUCUGCCCUCACCUGAGCGGCCAAAGAGGGAAUCCUCCAUGGGACUGAGCACCACCAUCAUCAGGUUCAGUCCUACCCCACCCGUGGAACCAGAUCUACAGCCUAACCCAGCCAGAAGUCUUGAUAACAUGCAGCAAUCUAAAAGCCUGGACCCCCUACCGCCAUCGCAGGGCAAAAGCCCCGAGGUCCAAUGCAGCGGCGCCGCUCUUAGCUGCACCCGCAGCCAGAGUGAAUGUAGCUACCCUCCUGCUCCUGGGGACGUCGUACCUGGAUUCACAGGCCACAGGAUCCUGCCGGACUCCAGCAAUAGGAAGUUGACUAAAGUGGACUCGGGCUACAGCAGCAACCUAAACAUCCAGCAUACCAUCAGCUCGGCAGCUCCUCCAGGACCCCAGCAGUGGGGAACCGCCCCCUCUGCGUCGUCAUCGCUGUACUCAAGCGGGCUCUGCAUGGCGCCCCCUCCUUACACAGCAGAGGCCCUUCAUUAUGUCCACAUCCCAGGUUUUAAGCCUCGGUGUCCAAGCAUGGUGGGUCUUCCCCACAAAGGAGAUGUCCAGUCUGUCCUCACCAGACGCUCCCUUGUCAGCUCGCCGCUACCUCUGCAGUUCCUGGGAGCUGAUGCCCAGCUGCAUUCUGGGGCUUUUCAUAUGGGAAACUGUCUUUAUAACAUGUCCUCUACAGGUUCUCUGAUUCCAGGACCUGCUGGACCUCAUCCCCUCACUUUACCCCAUCAGAGCCAUCAUGAAAUGGGAAUAAUGGGGAAACCCUACAGCCAUUAUGGUGGAGAUUCUAUGGUGACCGGCGGUCAUGAAGAACUGAGAGGCCAAGUUGUGGUACCAGAGGAGCUUCGCUUCCCUCACGCCUGCUGUGUCGGCAUCGCCUCUCAAACCUCCCUCAGCCUCUUCAACCCGUCUGAGAGAUGGCAGCAGGUCUCCAUCACUGUCACCAGCCUGGCCAUUGAUGGAGAGAAGGUGGACAGCUUGCCUUACCAGUGGCUGAUGGUGAAAAACAAGACCAUCAUCGGUCCCAAGAGUACAGAGGAGCAGAAAGUGCUGCUUGUCCCUCCGCAGCCUGGAGUCUACCAGUGCAUCCUCAGUGUUUGCUCCUGGCCCGCCUCAGCUGAGACGGAGCUGGCUGCCAGAGCCAACGUCUUCGCCAAACGGGUGGUGCUUAUUGCAGUGGCAGAAAACCCAGCUUUAGCGAUUGAAGUUGGUGAAUCUGGCUGUUUGGAUUUUGGAGACUUGCCAGAAGGGAGCUCUAAAUCUCUACCUCUCAGACUGCUGAACAGAACCCACGCUACUGUCCCCGUCCGCCUGGUGAUCAGCGCUAAUGCCACAGCAUGGCGAUGCUUCACCUUCUCCAAAGACCCCGUUGGUAUGACGCCUGAGAUGACACAGCAGGCUGCACACAUGGCCCCGUUGGCCUCUCCCUCGGUCAUGAAUCAUGUGAUGCACGCCAGCUAUGGAGAGAACCCAGAAAGCUUCAUGGUCUGGGUCCAUUUCAAGGCUCCUCAGAAGUUCAGAACUUCUUCAGAAGACCCUGGUCCAGCUGAUGAGUACAGCGCUCGUGUGGACAUUGAAAUGGACUCUCCAGGUCCCAGUCGCAUCAUUAGGAGUAUCCCCCUGAAGGCCAGGUCUGGAACUGCAAGAGUCCAUGCUCCUAAAGAUCUGCAGACUGUGAGCCUUUUUGCGCCUGUGGGCAAAUGUAGUGAACAGAAUCUGCCAUUAAAGAAUGCAGGAAACAUCGAUGUUCGGCUGAAACUCAAGAUCAGUGACAACAGUGAUAGCUUUUCGGUGACGCCUGAUGAACUGUCCCUGAGAGUGGCAGAAGAACAAGGUGUUGUUUUAUCAUUUAAAGCACAAAGCAGCAGGAAGCGUAAAGAAAGCCUUCUCACGGUAUUGGUGCUGCCGUCGGGCCCUCAGUACGAGGUGACGCUGAAAGGAGAAGUAGUCCCUUCUGACUCCUGGAACCCAGCGGCUCCCUCUGCUCCUGUCUGUGGCCCCUCGCUGACCAGUGACAUCCCACCAAUCCUCUCCAAUAAGCAGUUUGUGGCCUGGGGAGGGGUCACCCUGGGGCGAGCUGUCCAACAGAAGCUGGUUCUAAGAAACGACUCAACCAGCACCACACAGCAGCUGCGUUUGCUUAUCCGUGGUCAGGACCAAGACUGUUUUCAGCUCCAGAGCUUGUUCAGCCCUGAGGAGUGUCUGACCCACCAUGGAGAGCUGUCCAUUCGGCCCAGGGAGGAUGUAUCCAUCCACCUGCUCUUUGCUCCCACCAGGGUGGCCUGCAUGCUGGCCAAGCUGGAAAUUAAACAGUCUGGAGUCCGCUCAUCACAACCAGGAGUCAAAUUCAUUAUUCCGCUGUCGGGCUACGGCGGCACCAGCAAUAUCAUCCUGGAGGACCAGAGGAAGCACGGCGACGGCUAUGUGGCGACGCUGCCCGACGUCGCUGUUGGCUGUGUCAGCAAAGUGUGUCUGUGUGUGAGGAACACCGGCUCCAGAGCUGCCUUUGUUAAAGCCGUGGCCUUCUCUGACAUCCAGAGCCGGUCGCUUAUGCAUUCCUCCGUCAUGAGCCUGGCCCCGUCACAGUUCGUCCUGAAGGAACGGACGCAAGAGGUGAUCACUGUUCUAAUGAAGUCCAGCCACAGAGAGACGAGUCUGUGUGAGUCAGCCAGUAGCCCCUUGGCCACAGUCUGCCUCUUUUGUGGAGAUGAGGUCUCCAGGCAGCAGUAUAGGAGGUUGCUAGAGUGCAAACCAGAGGCUGGGAGGAAAGCUCUGUCUGAGAACAGUCUGCUCAAGAACAUAGACUUCACCGAAACCUUCCUGGGGGAAGGAAGUGUCAAAGAAGCCUACGACCUGCCCCUGAGGCCUAACGAGGCCCACAUCUUCAACAGUAACAUGAGUAAAGUGUUGGUGUCGUUGUUGGGGAAAAUAAAGAGUGCAGACAGUGAGGAGAGCGAACACGACAAACCUCAGCUGCCCUCUGACAGCCACUGCUUCCAGGCAGACGGUGGUUUUCCAAAUGGCAGCGUGUCCCUGGAUGUGCUGCCAGUGAAGGGUCCUCAGGGUCCAUCACUGAAAGUCACAGGAUCCUCUUCUAAGGCUCCAGACUCACAGCACACACAGUCCGAGUCGUGGAUCAUCCACCCACAGCAGCUCGUCCUCGCAGCUCCCACUAUCAAUGGUCCGUCUAGUACCAGCCAAGUUCAGAUCCAGAACAACACUUCUGGAGAGCUGAACUUUGACCUUUCGUGGCCGGCUCACUGCCUCACCAUCACCCCACAGCACGGAGUCAUUGAGCCUCAGAGCCAGCUGCAGAUUUUGAUCAGCCCCAACCCCUCACUAGCCACUAAAUCUGCCCUGCUGCCGUGGAGCGGACAGAUUUAUGUCCAGUGUGAUGGACAGCAGAAGUUCAUUAAGGUCCAGAUUCGCAGGGACCUGGCUCUGGACGUGUCUGCAGCUCCAGCAGAUGCAUCUCUGUCGGCCCUGCCUGCUCAGGCUGCUACUCCUGUGCUGCCUGUUCCCCGACUCAGCAACAAGCCGCCAACGGCAGCUCCUGGCCUGGUGGAAAUAAAAAACAAGACCAUCACCUUCCCUGCCACGCUCUCAGGGGAAACUUCAGAGGCCCAGCUGGAGGUGCAGAAUGGUGAAGUGGAAGUCAGGUGGUACCUGUCUUCAUUCGCUCCUCCAUAUGUUAAGGGAGUUGAUGACAGUGAAGACGUUUACCGGGCCACAUACACUGCCUUCAGAUGUUCCAGGGUCUCAGGAACCUUGGGGGCCCAUGAGAAGAUGCAGGUGCCUGUUACCUUCCUCCCCAGAGACAGAGGGACUUAUGUCCAGUUCUGGGACAUGGAGUGCCACCCCGUGUCUGAGCCCCAGCAGAAAUCCAGAAUCCGCUUUCAGCUCUCUGGCACUGGGGUAAAAUCUGGGCCAAUGGUGGGACCCCAGGAAGGAAACUGUUCCCUGGUGAGGACCGAAGCCACGGUGAAGAGCAGCAAGAGAUCUGAUUCGUCAGCAAGCAAAGCUGGCCAGGAGGAGGUGGUGCGGCGAGGUGUUUAUUCCCCUCAGGAUGUGUAUACCUUCCCACACACUCAGCUGGGGGAGUCCAGCACGCUGAAGGUCAACAUCCGGAACAAUUCCUCCGACAGGCAUGAGCUGAGAUUUAUAAAACCUAAGGAGCCCUUCCACAUGAAGCAUUUUGAGUAUUCUCUAAGAUCACAGCAUUACGUGAAGCUACCGGUCCAAUUCAAGCCCACGACCGCCGGCAAGCACACCGGCUUGCUGCUCAUCCAAUCAGAAUCAAGUGGAAGUCUGGUUGUCCAGCUGAGUGGUGAAGCAUUACUUUGAGUUCUUGCUCAAGAGCGACACAAAGACUGAAACACCAGCUCCUGCAUAUGAAUUAAAAGCAAAGCAUGCAUUGGAUUCCUUUUUGUAGAAUUAUUACUCUAGCUGUAGACUGUAACUUAUUGAGUGGAGACACCAACAGGGCCCUUUGUAUCUCUGAAGAAGGCUCAGCUGUCCUCAGCUCACCCAUGAAAAGAUGGUCUGAUGCAGAGUGAUUGAAUGUAUCCAGCUUACAAUUAGUCUGCACCACUGUGGCGUUUUGAAACAGAGGAUCAGUUUUGUCACUUGACUCUAGGCUGGGUGUUUGCCUUCUCUCCUUCAGUUCCAUCACAAAGCGGCAUUGUUAUUUCCACAGCCUUCGUCAGAGAGUAGCAGUACCAGUUGAGAUCUAUUUGGCAUUACAUGCGCUUGAUCAUACAGGAAGGCCUCUGUCUGCUGUUUGAGAAGAUGACUGGAGCAAUUCUGCUUUUGGAAAAGUAGAAUUGUUGACCUUUUUUGCCCGAAAUUUGAAACGUAAACGGAAGCCAUUUCUGCCAUUGUGGUAAUGCAAGUUUUGGAGAUGCUAUGUCUUAUUUUGCGGUGCUUUACUUUUAAACAUCUUCUCUAGGUCUUCAUGCAUUUCAGGUUUUGUACUUGUCGGUUCUAUGGAGACAAGACUUCAUCUACUUAAAAGCCCACCUGAACGGGGGCUUAUCUGGACCAUGUGCUGACACCCCUGCAACCUGUAAGAUUCCAAAAUUGUCCACAUGCUUCUAAUUUAGUUUUGAUGAAGGCAGCUCACAACAACAUUAGGAUGGUUAAUGGUUUUGAUUACAUGCUAAAUCGGUUUCCUUAGGGGGGUUUUGUUCAGCAACUUGCCAGGUCUGCCUAGUAUGGUUGCCAUAGCAAAAUGUGAUUAAUCACCGUUCCAGGCACAGAGAAUUUGAUCCCCGUUUCCUUUUUUGGCUCCAAGGCAAGUCGCCAAAAUUGCUUGAGGGGUGGGGAGCAUUGGAUCCAUUUCCGUAAUGAGCUCUGGAGCGGGAUAGGCAUGGGGAAAGGUGUGCAAACUCCAUCAAGCAUGUGUUGUUAACUUGUUAGAUGACACACUUUGGCAGGAGAACACUAAUGUCUGGCAUUGUUUACCAGCACGUAUUGCAAGUUUUAUAACGAGGGCACUGUAGUGUCUAGUGGUAUCCAAGCAACGUUCUGAAAUCUUGGUGACAAUUUGCACUAACUUUAUGUAAUUAUGUAUGUAUGUAGACAUUUUUUAAAAUAAAGUUCUGUGAUAAAUUUGUUAAA